CAAAAUAGAAUUCAAGCGGUCGGUGACUCGGUGAAUAGAAUAUAUGAACAUGGAUUCUCGUCUUAUCCGGGUGUACUUAUUCGAUACAUGAAUAUUUAGUACAACCGCAGCACAAUUUAUGACAGACAACACCGCGCUGAUAUCAGCAAAUAAUAACCAGGCACGAUGGAAGAGAGUCGGUUGGCUCAUUAAUCUAGUCUUCCUCCAACGUUACCGCCGAAAAUGCCAAUUCUAAGUAAUUUAAUCUUGACAACGAUUCUUCUUCCAAUCUUCGAUCCAUGCUCUGUGAUCCUAGAAGCCUUGGCCUGGAAUUUUUCAACCGUCGGACUUCCUCACAACGUUCCGAUAUGGAGGUUCACCGUAUGGAGGAACAAGGCUUACUUCGCGGUACCCAGGUGGGACAAAGCGACCAAGGUGCAAUUCACGCUGCUCGAAGCUACCUGGCCGGAGUUUGGAAAUCCAUUGCAACUAGCAGCGGUGACUGCUGACUUGCUUCCGUUUCCGGAUUCGAAAUCCCAACAGGAAGGCGAUUGCCAGGAUCUACAGUCUGUAACCGGAUUAGACUCUGACGUCAGAGGAAGGCUUUGGAUCCUAGAUGCACCCACACGCAGCCAUCGGUGUUCCGCGAAGAUUGUCGUUUUUGAUUUACGAAGAAACGAAAAGGUAACCGAAACAAAACUGCAGAACAUUCCGUCUCGGGAUUUGAAGUGCCUCGUUGUGGACCCAGUCGUUGGUCAACGCGGGUUUCAAGCCUACGUCAGUGACCCCGGAGACCAAAGCAUAAUCGUUUACAGUCUCGCCGAGAGGACCUGGUGGAGAUUGAAACUGUCGAGUCAAUCUGACAUCCCUAAAAUAUUCAGCACUGACUUGGCGAUUUCCCGAAAGAGUCCCACAAUGUAUUUGACCGGAUAUGGGUCAGACGAUUUGUUCAGCAUGGACCUGGACAGCAUUCGCAACGGAGGAGUGCCCCCAUCUGUUCUGAUGAAAAACGAAUCGCUGAGCGGAAUUUCCGUCAAGUGGAUCGGAUCGAAGAUGGGUCCGUCGUCCGGACUGAUCUGCGACCUUCGAGGUGGUCUGCACUACUUCCUGAUGACGGAAAUCGCAAGCGUGAGAUGGGAUUCUAGGCAAAAGUUAGAGGCGGAGGGACACAGGAUCCAGCUUCAGUCUGAAACCAUCCCGAGCAUAACCGACUACGCCCUGGAUUCCCAGAAGAACGUCUGGGCUGUUGUCAACGAAAGACAUCCCCUGCGAGAACCGAGGGACUCGAAGGAUUCCGUAGGCUGGAAAAAUCGCAAAUCGAUUAAAAAACGUACGAUAAAAGUUUACAAAUACAAACCGUUCGUUUUGUAAGCUUCAGUAAAGUUUACGGCUAUUAUAUUUGCCCGCACGGUAACCUGAGACAUAAUUUAUUCGUCCGAAGUCCACCGAUUUCGCUGCUUAGUAUCAAAUCUUUUUUUGGCGAACUGUUAAUGUCAAAUUUGACAGCAUGUCAAUUAUUCUUGAACGCAUUCUUUUAUGAAAGGCCCGCAGUCAAGGCAAACUUCGUUUGUCCGUAGGCUUAUUUGGCCUGCAACGGCAAUCGCGUGAUCGAUAUUAAAAUAUUGGUUUGUAUUUACGCAGUGCAACGUUUGCUCCGUAUUAUGUAUCGCUUGCCACGAUCGCUGUGCGAUACGUGGAUCAUGUAUGUAUAUUACACCCAUACGAUUAUUACUCAAUUCGAAACACUGCGCUACCUGUGUGAUGUUGAUACAAACGAGAUCAGAUUCUGUACGUCUGUAUAUUAUCUCUACGUAUACAUAUAAGUUAUAUAUUAUUACCGACCGUGAGACCGGUACUCAAUUAGGUGAAAGUUAUACCAUGCGACUAUGAGUACAGAAUUUUACGCUCAUCAAUUAUAAUGACACGCGUACGGAUGGUUAUUGGGGUGGAACUCAUAAUUAUACAUACAACAGACUCGGGGUAGUAUUGACAAAAUUAAACAAAAGAAGAAUAUUUCGGAGAUAAAAUUCAAAAAAUAUGGAAUGAAAAUAAUGGGGAACAAAGUGUCGCUCAAAUUAGUGCAUUAAUUUUUUUAUUAUUGCUAUCAUAAUCAACAACUGUAAAAUUGUUGACGUCGAAUAAACUGGCCCUAAUAGUUCACCCAAUGGACGACAAAGAACCAAUCUAUUCAUCUUGCCUGGACUCGCGGACUUUGAUAAACUGUUUCAUUAAUAAUCGGAUUAUUCUUUCCUCGGUAUGACAAGUUUCGGCACUGGUCUACUUGCGUCUUGUAUCCGUCACUCAACGUCGUGUUAAGAAAUUGCAAUUUAACUACA